CAUUACCUUCCAAUCCGACAGAGGGGGGAGUCUGUGGUAAGGUGGCGUAUCGUCUCUCUCCGCGUCCCCCCGCUCGCCGUUUACAUGUGGAAAAGAGAGGCGGAAAGAAAUAACACACACUGUCAGCUUUACUCUGCUUUCGGAUGAGGAGGGCACGGACACCGAGGCACGAUCUUUUGCGGAGAUGGACCUAAGGAAUAUUUAACAUCUAACAUGGACACUACAGGCUCCCCGCGAUGACUGUGCUCUUACCCAUGGUGCUGUGAGGAGCUCUGCCUCGUGGACACAAUCUAGGAGUAUCAACCCUCCUUUGUCCUUUCCUUCCCCAUUACCCCCUUCCCUUCCUCACCCUCCGCCGAUCCUAGCCACCCACAGAACACCUUCCUCGUAGAUGCUUCUUGCAUAACAUAGGAACACAUAAGCAUUCUGAUCAUUUACCAUGCAGGUUGGGACUUUGUGAGCUAAGUGAGCAAAGACGAACAGAAGGAAGUGCUGGAGAAAAAAAACGUAAAGGCAAUAAAUGCAGGAACAUAUGUAGACAUGACCAAAGGAAUGAUAUUUUUGGAAAACUGAAGAUGUAAAGAUUUAUAUUUUAUACAUCAAACUUUUAGUACGAGCUCAGAAACGCACGGUGACAGACAUUUUGCACGCACAAUCCCCCAUAUAGUUUCCUUUGUUGACUUGACACACACGCCCCGGUCUCAUGAUGAUGUGCGAGGUGAUGCCCACCAUUUCUGAGGAUGGGCGAAGUGGGACUGGCGGGGGCCCUUCCUCACCUGCCGGGGCAGGAGUCGGAGGCCCCGGGGGUGCGAUCGGAGGAGGCGGCUUCGGUGGGAGGGAGCCCAGAGGCGGAGGAGAUGAAGGAGGCAGCACAGGGAACCUGGAGUCCCUAAUGGUCAACAUGCUAACAGAGAGGGAGAGGCUGCUGGAGAACCUGAGGGAGACACAGGAGAGCUUGGGCACGGCUCAGCUCCGCCUCCGCGAGCUCGGCCACGAGAAGGAGUCACUUCAGAGGCAGCUAUCUAUUGCUCUGCCACAGGAGUUUGCUGUGUUGACUAAAGAGCUGAACGUUUGCCGGGAGCAGCUUCUGGAGAGGGAGGAGGAGAUUGCUGAGCUCAAGGCGGAGAGAAACAACACACGUUUGUUGCUGGAACACCUGGAGUGUCUGGUGUCUCGCCAUGAGCGCAGUCUGAGGAUGACGGUGGUGAAAAGACAAGCUCAGUCCCCUGCAGGGGUCUCCAGUGAGGUGGAAGUCCUCAAGGCCCUCAAGUCUCUGUUUGAGCACCACAAGGCCCUAGAUGAGAAGGUGCGAGAGAGGCUCCGUGUGGCCCUUGAGAGGGUGUCCAUGUUAGAGGAUCAACUUGCAGCGUCUUCUCAAGAGGUAAUCUCUUUAAGAGACCAAAUUAAAAGACGUCAACAAGGGGUGGACGGCGGGAAAGAUCGACUACCCAACGGCCCCUCCUCUGGCCUGGAGGACAGCGAGCUGGAAAGACAGAGAGAAGGAGAGAUUGAGCGACAGCGAGCCGAACUCUCCCAGCUGAGGGAGAGGCUGGCCCUCAUGUGCCGGCAGGUUGGGGAAAUAGAGGAACAGCUUGCGGCCGCCAGGAGGGAGGUGACGAAGUCGGAGGAGGCCAAUCAGAAGCUCCAAAGGGAAGUGAAAGAGGCUCUUUGCCAAAGGGAGGACAUGGAGGAGAGAAUUACAACACUAGAACGCAGGUACCUCAGCGCCCAGAGGGAGGCGACUUCUCUCCAUGAUAUCAAAGACAAGCUAGAAAAUGAGCUGGCCAGCAAGGAGUCCCUGCACAGACAGAGUGAGGAGAAGAACAGACAGCUACAGGAGCGUCUGGAUGAAGCCAAGCAGAAGCUCCAGCAGACCCUACAGAGGGCAGAGACAUUGCCUGAGAUCGAGGCCCAGCUUGCCCAAAGAGUUGCCGCUCUCAACAAGGCAGAGGAGCGCCACGGAAACUUUGAGGAGCGGCUACGGCAAAUGGAAGCCCAACUUGAGGAGAAGAACCAGGAACUACAGAGGGCUAGGCAGAGGGAGAAGAUGAAUGACGAACACAACAAACGUCUCUCGGACACAGUGGACAAGCUCCUGUCCGAGUCCAACGAGAGACUGCAGCUCCACCUCAAGGAGAGGAUGGCAGCACUGGAGGAGAAGAAUGCUCUUUCAGAGGAACUGUCCAAUAUGAAGAAAAUCCAAGAUGACCUUCUAGCUAAUAAGGAGCAGCUGCUUGCUGAGCUGGAGCGAAUCCAACUGGAGCUGGAUCAGCUGAGAGGCAGGCCUGGCUCUUCUUAUUCCAGGGCGGGCAGCGUGAGCUCACUUCCCUCCACCCUUUUUCGAAGAUCUCUUCCAGGGAGCGCCUCAGAGCUGCGGUACCCCCAGGGCGGAGGCUCGCUCCCGGCUGGCUACGGCAGCUCCUCUAGUGGGGUGGUGGUCAGGCGGGCACACCGCGGCCGGUGGGGGCCUCCUAGAGACGAUGGCAACAAGUACGGAGAGUGGGACAGCGGUUCUAUGCUGGGCCCUGGGUUUGAGGGCGGUGUGGAGGGGGGCUGCUCCGAUGACGAGGACGACAGGGAGACUCUGUUUGGAUCGGAGCUUCUCUCUCCCAGCGGACAGACAGAUGUACAGACUUUGGCAAUCAUGCUACAGGAACAACUGGAGGCCAUUAACAAGGAGAUUAAGCUGAUUCAGGAGGAAAAAGAGAGCACAGAGCUGAGGGCAGAGGAGAUCGAGAGCCGGGUCAGCAGCGUGGCCCUCGAUGCCCCGCCCCUUCCACCGUCCUCUUUGGGAGGACGGGACAGUGUCGGGAGGGGCUACAUGACUCCCUCCAUCACCUCCUCCACCUUGGCGUCUCCCUCACCACCCAGUUCUGGACAUUCCACCCCCCGCCUCCCACAUUCCCCUGCCAGGGAGACUGACAGACAGAAUAGCAAAGAUGGCGAGGAAUGCCGAGCACUUGCCCUGAUUGACUCCACCCCUCCCCCUGUUCCUCGAGCCCUACGAUUGGACCGAAUGACACACACUCACCCGGGGGCAGGCCUCGAUGACCACCGUGAAUUUCGCAGUCUCUCUGCUGAUGGUGUCACCACUGCCAGCCAGGAUUCCCUCCACAAAGCCAGCAAAAAGAAAAGCAUUAAGUCGUCAAUUGGUCGUCUGUUUGGCAAAAAGGAAAAGGGGAGGAUCGGUGCACCUGGGCGCGAAUCUGCCUCACUGGCCUCCACACCGUCUGAUGACCUGGGUUCAGCUGACCCCUUAGGUCUCGCUAAACUUGGGACGGGAACAGUUGAAAAAGACCGCCGCAGCAAAAAGAAGCACGAUUUGUUAGAGGAAGCCUGUCGUCAGGGUCUUCCUUUCGCCUCAUGGGACGGCCCAACUGUUGUUACAUGGCUGGAGCUGUGGGUUGGGAUGCCAGCAUGGUAUGUGGCAGCGUGUCGUGCCAACGUGAAGAGCGGCGCCAUCAUGGCCAACCUCUCGGACACAGAGAUCCAGAGGGAGAUUGGCAUCAGCAACCCUCUACACAGGCUCAAACUCCGCCUGGCCAUCCAGGAAAUGGUCUCCCUCACUAGUCCAUCUGCACCUGCAAGCACUCGCUCUUCGACCAGUAAUAUUUGGAUGACACAUGCCGAGAUGGAGUCUCUCACUGCUGCCACCAAGCCAGAGCAGAAGGAGUUCAGCUGGGACCAGAUCCUGGCCUAUGGAGACAUGAACCACGAGUGGGUGGGAAACGAAUGGCUGCCCAGCCUGGGUCUACCCCAGUACCGCUCCUACUUCAUGGAGUCACUGGUGGACGCCCGCAUGCUUGAUCACCUCACUAAGAAAGAGCUGAGGGGUCAGCUGAAAAUGGUGGACAGUUUCCACAGGGUGAGUCUUCACUAUGGCAUCAUGUGCUUGAAGCGCUUGAACUAUGACAGGAAGGAGCUGGAGAGGAGGAGGGAUGAGAGUCAACAUCAGAAUCAAGAUGUGAUGGUGUGGUCCAAUGAGCGAGUGAUGUGUUGGGUGCAGUCAAUCGGUCUGAAAGAGUUUGCCGACAACCUAUUAGAAAGCGGGGUGCACGGGGCCCUCCUGGCGCUGGAUGACACCUUUGACUACACUGACUUGGCCCUCCUCCUCCAGAUACCCAACCAGAACACACAGGCGAGGCAGCUCCUGGAGAAGGAGUACAAUGCUCUCAUCUCCAUGGGAACAGAGAGGAGGCCAGAUGAGGAUGGCACGAAAACAUUUACACGGUCACCAUCAUGGAGAAAGAUGUUCAGAGAGAAGGACCUCCGUGGCGUGACCUCCGACUCCUCAGAAACAUUACCUGCCAACUUCCGUGCCUCCGCCAUCUCGACCCCCUCCGUCACCCUGAGAAAAGUCCAGAGUGAAGUAAACUCUGGUCCAAGAGGAGAGUCGGGGUCCGUGAGAACAUAUUCCUGCUAAAAGAUAAGCACACCAGACCCCCACCUCCAUCCUAACCCAAGGAAAAAAAAAAAAACAACACAUUUUUGAAGAAAAAAAAACAAAAAAACUGAGGAUUAAAAUCAAAAAUGGACACUAGAAGAUGAUAAACAUCGUUCGAGCCAGACGCCUCGAAGAAUCAAAGACACUGAGUGAAUGAUUUCUGAAAACAUGAUAAAAUAAUGAGUGAAUGUCUGUUUAUUCAUCCGUUUCUCUCUUACUCUCUCUCUCUCUCUCUCUCUCUCUCUCUCACUCCAUCUUGAUCCAUAGUUGUGGCAUGAUGCUGUUUGAUUCUGUAGAAAGUGACCAUCGCCUAUCGUGAAUUCAUCUUCUGUUUUUUAGUGUGAGAUGGCAAUAUUGACACAAUGAAUUUAGUUUUUAAAAUUGGAAAAUGCAUUCCUGUUCAGAUCAAGAGAAUGAUUCCCCGACACACAUCCUUUCAGGUGAUCUUACUACAAUUUAGACUAAUAAUAGAACAUACUCUGCCUAGUAACAUAACAAUACAGUAGAAUCUGGGGAGAGGGAGGUUCAAAGGGAGAAUGUAAGUGUAUAAAGGGUAAAUGAAAUGUAUGUUCUUAAGCCAUAACAGACGAGAGAUGCACAAAUGUGAAUAGGUCAGACAAUGAGACAAUUAGCAAAGUGCUUUAUGACAAAAUCCUGUUCAAACUGGGAAAAAGAGAGUUAAGCAUUUGUGUUAAUAUGCAUGCCAAAAUCAACCAUUUUAGAGUGAACGUCAUGAUAUCAAUCAUCUAAUGAUGUGAAAGCUUGGGUCAGGACUUUGUAAAAUGUGUGUAUUUUAUUUUUAUCAUUUUUUAUGAUAACUGCUAUUGUAUGUAUGUAUGUACAGUAUGUAUGUGUGUGUAUUAAACUGUACGUUCAUUUCA